AUGGCUGCCAUCUCUAACAUUUCCAACGCUCCCGAAGUAGUGUUGCGGGCUAAGGAGCGAUAUGGACAAGCAUUGAAGGCUACGAAUAUGGCUCUAUGUGACCCCUCUCAGGCCACAGCAGAUACAACCCUCAUGACAAUUCUUCUCCUUGGUCUCUUUGUUACAAUCAUGUUUGAAAGCUGGAAUGACAGUCAUGCAUGGACGACACAUAUUGAGGGCGCCACAGCCCUCUUACAACUUCGCGGCAAAGACCAGUUCACCAGAGAGCUUGGCAUACAGCUUUAUAUACAAUUCAGACAGCAAAUCCUACAAGCCUGCAUGCAUCGAGGUGUGCCGGUACCCCCAGCUCUGGUUGAGAUAACUAUGCAAUUCGAAGCCAGCCGACAAGGAACCCAAUACAACAGUCUCCGUCCCGGAUCACUGGCGGUACUUGGCUUCAGGCUCGUCAAUCUCUCCGCAGCCAUGAGCACGCAGCAAAUGACGGAUGGCGACGCAAUCUGCCAAAUUGCCAGUGACGUUGACAGCGACCUCAAGGCCUGGGCAUUGAUGUCGUUGCAAUCUCGUCGCAAGUUCCGUGAGAUUGGUGUAGACACCUCUGAUGGAAUCGUUUGUUUCAAUGGUAAACGGCAUGUGUAUAACAGUGAAUGGGGCGCCCAGGUUUGGAACAAUUGGCGGUCGCUUAGCAUAGUGACCAACCGAAUUAUUCUUGACCAUGUCGACAAGCAGAGUUUUCACGAUGAUGCGCUGAAAGAAAUGAUGCGAUCUCACAGCAUCUCUGUUAUUCAGAGUCUCUCAACGGAUAUAUGUAUUUCUGCACCUAGUCUGUCUGGUUCACCGCGUCAGUGUCAAUCGCAAAUUACCCCCAAUACGAAAAUAAAGCUGACAACAAUUACAGGAGCGCCUUCGAUGAUUUGGCCGUUGCACAUCGUCUCUCAAGAGAAAUUAAACGUGCCAAGCGUGCGAUCUUGGGCAGUGCAGCAGCUGGUUGGCAUUAGACAGUCCAUGGGCAUCAAACAGGCAGCUGUCUUAGCAGACACCGUGGGCUGA